AUGACGCGGAGCAACUCCCGUUCUCUCCUCAUGUGCCUGUUGUUGUCUCGCUGUUGGCUUACCCUUCGUUUCCCCCCUGCUUCCCCUUUGUUUCCUCCCUGCUUACCCUUUGUUUCCCCCCUGCUUACCCUUUGUUUCCCCCCUCUCGCUCUUCCCUCCCUGCUCUCUCUUCCCUCCCUGCUCGCUCUUCCCUCCCUGCUCGCUCUUCCCUCCCUGCUCUCUCUUCCCUCCCUGCUCCUCUUCCCUCCCUAUUCUCUCUUCCCUCCCUUCUCUCUCUUCCCUCCCUGCUCCUCUUCCCUCCCUAUUCUCUCUUCCCUCCCUGCUCUCUCUUCCCUCCCUGCUCCUCUUCCCUCCCUGUUCUCUCUUCCCUCCCCGUUCUCUCCUCAUGUGCCUGUUGUUGUCUCGUUGUUGGCUUACCCUUCGUUUCCCCCCUGCUUCCCCUUUGUUUCCUCCCUGCUUACCCUUUGUUUCCCCCCUGCUUACCCUUUGUUUCCCCCCUCUCGCUCUUCCCUCCCUGCUCGCUCUUCCCUCCCUGCUCCUCUUCCCUCCCUGCUCUCUCUUCCCUCCCUGCUCUCUCUUCCCUCCCUGCUCUCUCUUCCCUCCCUGCUCUCUCUUCCCUCCCUGUUCUCUCUUCCCUCCCUCCUCCUCUUCCCUCCCUGCUCUCUCUUCCCUCCCUCCUCCUCUUCCCUCCCUGCUCUCUCUUCCCUCCCUGCUCUCUCUUCCCUCCCUGCUCUCUCUUCCCUCCCUGCUCUCUCUUCCCUCCCUAUUCUCUCUUCCCUCCCUAUUCUCUCUUCCCUCCCUGUUCUCUCUUCCCUCCCUGCUCGCUCUUCCCUCCCUGCUCUCUCUUCCCUCCCUGCUCCUCUUCCCUCCCUGCUCUCUCUUCCCUCCCUGCUCUCUCUUCCCUCCCUGCUCUCUCUUCCCUCCCUGCUCUCUCUUCCCUCCCUGCUCUCUCUUCCCUCCCUGUUCUCUCUUCCGUGGUGCAGAUUGUCAGGCAUGAAGCAACCAAGCAGACAAGCUAGGUAG